AUGUACGGUGGUCACUUUAAUUCUAAGCCUGAAAGGACUGACGUUAGGUGGGUGGCGCACAGUUUUUGGUUGAUAAUUCUACCGCUACAGUUCAUAUUUAGACCGUGUCUCAGCGAAUAUGUCGAGGAGUUUCUUGGUGUCGGUGAUGAAUUAUACAACAAAGUAAAACCUUCGUACCAUCUUGUCCGCGUUGACCUUGAAGAUGACGAUGAUGUGCUUCACUUUAUCGAUUCCCUGCGACGCAGUCCCGUCAUCCCAUAUCUGCUUAAGGUUUCUGCGUUUUAUGCAUCUUGUGUUUGCCUAGUGGGCUACAGCUGGUAUUUCGCGGUGAACCUAGUAAGUACGGCUAGUAUAACGGCUAUCUACAAUACAAGUUGCUUUUGGACAUACGUAUUUUCGAUUCUUUUGUUGGGUGAAUCGGUGAAGAUGGUAAAGGUGGCUGCGGUUUUCCUGAGCGUCCUCGGGGUACUCAUAAUGGCUCUUUUCAAGGACGAUCGAAUAAUUUCUCAUCCGGAUGAUAUGACUGGACACAACGAUUAUGAUGCUAUUUCCUUCGGAUAUUUAAUAUCAUUUAUGGGCGCGCUUUUGUACGGCCUAUGUGAAGUUUUGUAUAAGAAGUACAUCAGUCCACCAAAACCUUCGAUUCUGUUCUCAAACACCAUAACCGGUCUGAUUGGUAUUUUCUCAUUGCUGUUUUUAUGGAUCCCUAUUCCCAUCUUGCACUGGACUGGAGUUGAAGAGUUCGAACUUCCAGAUUUACUUACCUUUUGUCAUAUCGCCUUAAUCGCUUUAGCAGGCGUUGCGUUUAACGCGGGCUUUAUGUUGGUCAUCGCUUUCACAUCGCCAAUUUUUGCCGCCAUUGGAAUAAUGGUAACAAUUCCACUGGUUGCGAUCGUUGAUGUACUGGUGGUCAGUAAUCCGUUGGAUACAAGCGUCGUG